GUCAACGAAACGACAUGGCAGCGUCUUGCUGUGAAAUAUGAAAUGAAAAUCAACAAGACAAGAAUUUCAACAAUAAACAGAAAAGAUUCUCUCUGUGUUGCAUCUGAAAUCCCUCUCGCACCCUUUCUCUUCCUCGCCACCGCUAUUCUAUUUGUUCGAUUUUCAAUGUGCGUUGUGAUUGGAAUGACAUGCUUUUAGUGUUGGACGUGCGCAUUGCAGUCUCAUUGGCUGAUUUUUGGUUUUUGUUGGCUACUUCUUCCGGUCGUUUCUCCAGCUCCCGCACAAGCAAUUUUCUUAAUUUUGACCUAGAUUAUGUCUUAUCCCAAUUCGGCCCAAAUCAACGUAGUUGACGCCGAUGAAGAUAGUGGAAAGGAUUUCGGGCAAUGGAUUUACGGCCGGAAUUCGAUCAGCUCGAGGAUGAGCCAAUCUUCACCCAGAGAUUCGUUGGGAUCGCCCUCACAAUUAUCGCCGAACGGCUAUUUUGAGCACAAGAAAACGAAGAAAUCCAAGAGAACUGCGUGGUACAUGAAAAAGACCACGUUUGUAUUAGGGGUGUUGGUGGCAUUCUUCUUCCUGGUGAACUUGUCGAUGCUUAGACGGGUCCAAGAACCGGGACGUGGGAACAUCAACAUUAAGCCUUUGAAAGCCAACGCUACCACCGUGUUUAUCCGGGUAAGACUUGAUCUUUCGUAAUGUUUGUUUCUUCCUUUAUUAUAUUUCCUGUGUGUGUGUGUGUGUGUUUGAAUUAGCUUUUGAGGGGCACUCUAGAUGCAUGUGUACUACAUUGAACAUAAGGCCCCUUCAACUCCGUAAAGGUAGAUGGUUGUAGGGGUUUAGGACACUUAUUAUGUUAGUUUGACAUAAUUAAACGAUCAAUGAAGAGUUGGAUGGAUACUCGAGAGUCGCGACUAAUAUAUUGCUAUGAUUAAUUGAGAGUUGGAUGGAUAUCGGAGAUUUCCAUGUCAUCUAAAUUGAAAUAGUAGUCAGGUCUGCAAAGGAUAAAAUAUAUCAUUAGGAAUUUUGUGGAAAUAGAAUUUUUGUGCUUGCUGGUGACUUUAAGAGGUUCCGUGUUUUGGUUCCUUUAACAGUAUGUUCAAAGGUAUGACAGAGGGAGUUGAAAAGGGAAAGCAGAAGAGCUCAAAAUCUUAUGUAUAAUGUGGUUUCUUUUGGACAAAAUACAUAUUUAUCUUAAAGUUUCUUAGGAUGUAGCUGACUAGUAGCCUAAAGAAAAUCUUGAUGUACUUUUACUAGCAUUCCUUAAAUUUGGAUGUCUGUUGUAGGUAUUUAGGAUACUUAUUAUGUAAGUUGUUCAUAAUUGAUAUAUUGCUUUGAUCAAUCAAGAUUUCAAUGGAUACUGGAGAUUGCUGUCACUUAAAUGGAACUGAUAGUCAGGUCUGCGAAGGAUUACAUAUAUCAUUAGGAAUUUUGUGGAAAAGGAAAUCUUGUGGUUGCUGGCGACAUUAAGUGGUUAUGUAUUUUGGUUCCUUAACACUAUGUGCUAAGGUAUGACAGAGGGAAGUGAAAAGAGCUAGUGGAGGAGUUCAAUUUCUAAUAUUUGCAGUGGUGUUUUGAACUAAAUAUGCAUCAAUCAGUUUAAUCUUAAAGUUUCUUAGGAUGUAGUUGAAUACUAGUCUAACAAAAAAUGACCUUGAUGUAUGUUGUACUAGCAAUCAUAGUUUUGGUUUCAGUCAAUACCUAAAUAUGGUGAAAAGUUUUAUGAUUAAAAAGUUGGUGCGUUUCAAGUACAAAUAUCAGGCCUUAAAUAUCAGUGUUACUCCUCCACUGCUGGGUUGACUCAUUAUUGCCCAGAAUUAAUUCCUUGUUAUCAUUUUGACUAUUUUGAUGUAAAUACUUGUGUGCUCUCAUGCAAAGAUACGAGAUGCAUUUUAAUCUGCCAAAAUUGGGAUGUUGAUGUCAUGAGAGUGGCUGACAAUUACUACGUGGGAAAGGAGUAGAUACUUAAUAUCUAUAUGUGCAUGCUUGUUUAUCUCGAUGCAGGAAGAACUGCAAAAACUUGGUAGAGGAAAAAAACCUCAGAAAACUAUAUAUGCAAGGCUUUUGGCUAAGGCUGCUCAUGCACUAGCUGAGGGAGAGAGCAAGACUGAGCCUAAAGACUUGUGGGUGGAACCUUACACCCGUGCUUCUUCUUGGAUUCCUUGUUCUCAUACACGCAAUUGGGAACCUAGUGAGGGUACCAGUGGAUUUAUAAUGGUCACAGCUAAUGGCGGAAUAAAUCAGCAGCGAGUAGCUGUUUGCAAUGCCGUUGCUAUUGCCAGAAUGCUUAAUGCAACACUUGUUCUUCCCAGAUUUAUGUUUAGCAGCGUCUGGAGAGAUGCUAGCCAGUUCGGCGAUAUUUAUCAGGAGGAUUAUUUCAUCAACUACUUGAAGCCUGAUAUCCGGAUAAUCAAGGAACUUCCAAUGGAGUUACAGUCACUAGAUCUGGAGGCAAUCGGUAGCAUGCAGGUUACGGACACAGAUAUUAUGAAAGAGGCUAAGCCAAGUUUUUACAUGAAAUACAUUCUGCCCAUUUUGCAUCUUAACAGAGUAGUUCAUUUUGUCGGAUUUGGUAACAGAUUAGCAUCUGAUCCGGUCCCUCAUAAGUUACAGAAACUUCGAUGCAGAUGCAACUUUCAUGCGUUAAGAUUUGUCCCUAAAAUACAAGAAGCUGGUGCUUUGCUUAUUCAGAGGAUGCGGCAAAAUGAUACAGGUUUGGGGCAUUUGGACCAUUAUCUUGUAGGUCCAUUUGCACAGACAAAGGUGAAGGGGCAAAAAACUGCUGCUGCUAAAAAAUCGAGAUACCUAGCCUUACAUCUGAGGUUUGAAAUUGACAUGGUAGCUCAUUCUUUAUGUGAAUUUGGUGGAGGUGAAGUGGAAAAACGUGAAUUGGAGGCUUACCGAGAAAUACAUUUCCCUGCAUUGGUGGAACUGGAAAAGAUGAGAAAGUUUCCCUCCCCAACAGAAUUAAGAUCUGAAGGAUUUUGUCCGUUGAUGCCAGAGGAGACAGUUCUUAUGCUUGCUGGUCUUGGUUUCAACCGGCGAACCCAUAUAUACCUAGCCGGUGCACAUAUUUAUGGUGGGAUCUCAAGACUGGCAGCCUUGACUACCUUGUUUCCUAAUUUGGUUACCAAAGAAAACUUGCUUUCUUCAAGUGAAAUUGAUCCAUUUAGGAAUUUCUCUUCUCAGUCGGCGGCACUUGACUUCAUAGCAUGCACUGCUGCUGAUGUAUUUGCCAUGACAGACUCAGGAAGUCAAUUUUCUUCUUUAGUAGCUGGCUACCGAAUCUAUUAUGGUGGAGGCAAAACGCCAACCAUACGGCCAAACAAACGUCGGCUUGCUGACAUCUUUGUAAAAAACAACACAAUAGAAUGGAAGGUUUUCGAGACAAGAGUGAGGAAGGCAGUAAGACAAAACAAAAGAGUGUUUUCACGGCCUGUUGGGAGGAGUGUAUAUAGAUAUCCACGAUGCAAGGAUUGUAUGUGCUAUAAUGAAUAGCUUGGUGUGCGACCAACAUAAUCCAUCUUUUGUACUUUUGUAUGUUAAUUAUUUUGAGUUUUAAGUUCUCUCUCCAAUCAAAA